AUGCGCGCGGUUGCGCUCGCAUUGACCGCCUUGCAGGCAUCCCUUGCUUGGGGUCAGAUCACCAUUACCAGGGCACGGCCGUCGCCGUCAGAAAUCCCUCCGAGCGAUGAGAACGGUUCGCCAACGAGCAUCGCAGUGCCAGAGGAAACCGGGGAACCAUGUGCUGCCAUCGCAGAUACCGUCACCCGGGCCAAUGCCAACAACAUCAUCGCCAUUGACGCCCAAGUUGCAUACGAUUGUCUCCGAUCCGUGCCCGUUCUCCAAACCGAUGCCGAGCAAACAAUCGAUGGCAUCCUGAACAUGCUGCAGUUCCAGUCCAACCUGGGCUUUCUCGCAAAUCCGCCAGACGAUUAUUUCAAUGAUCCCGUGGAUCUGGUUGCUGGAAUGGAGGACAUCCGGAAUCGUCUCGGCAGCGGGGAGUAUCAGAAUGAAUAUGAUUUUGAGGCUGCCAUAGGGAACCUCCUAGGCCGCUCGUAUGACGGACAUCUUGCGUAUGAUGGAUACGCUUUUGCAGGCGCUUUCAGAUGGCGGCGGGAUCCUGAUGCUGCACUGAUCUCUGCUUCCACGGAUGGCACAGAGCCACGCAUCUAUUCGGCCCGCGAUGCCAACCAGGCCUCAGCGUCUGAGGUCACCCAGAUCGACGGACGGCCCGUCACCGAUGUGAUCGCUGAAGAGGCGGCCUACAGCUCCUACCACGACCCGGAUGCUCGAUGGAACACCAUGUUCGUGCUCCAGCCAGCCGAAUCAAGUGGAUUCUUCGUCAACCCGAGAAACUAUCCCGGUCCAAGCACGUCCAUUAGCUGGGAGAACGGCACAACGACAGAGUACCCGAACGCGGCUAUCGUGCAGGACCCGGAUUAUUGGAGUGACGUCUUUGAUGGACAAUCCUUCUACAACACCUUUGUUUCUGUUCGCAGUUUGAGCGGGCGAAGACUACGCGCCCGUUCGGAAUCGCCAAGACAACGUGUCCCAAAGCGCCUCCAGAUUCCUCGCGAUGCCUCCUUGACCCAGACUCUGUCCCGCGACGGCUCGGUUCCGGAAUCGUAUCCUGAUCCUGUUGUCCAGCAUGACGCCGAGGACGUUCCUCUGGCGGGCUUCUUCAUCGAUACCGACUCGAUGCAAAAUGUGGCCGUCCUGAUGAUGCAGACGUUUGAUGCCGAAGACGCAGACCAGUUCCAAGCUGUGAUUCAAGACUUCCUCGCCGAAGCACAGUCCCGUGGCUCGGAGCGUAUCAUAGUCGACGUCCGAACUAACGGCGGAGGUCUAAUCUUCCUCGGCUACGAAGCCUACAAACAGUUCUUCCCCGACGUCGAGCCCUACGGCGGCUCACGGUACCGCUACCACGAAGCCGUCGAGAUUCUCGGCUCCUCCAUCAGCCAACUCAGCCGGCCCCAAAACCCCUCCCUCUACGCCUCCCCCUUCAACUACCACGCCUACCUCGACCAAGACCUCAACGCCUUCACCUCCUGGCAAGCCAUGUCCGGCCCCACCACCUUCAACAACGACCAAUUCACCAACAUCCUCCGCUACAACCUCUCCGACCCCCUCCUCAUCCAAUCCGACCGCUUCGGCCUCGGCAUCCAGCUCACCGGCUACGGCGACCGCGCAAACUUCACCACCCCGCCCUUCCCCCCCGACAACAUCAUCAUCCUCUCCGACGGCAUCUGCGCCUCCACCUGCGCCAUCUUCGUCGAGCUGAUGACCCGCCAAUCCGGCGUCCGCACCUUCACCCUCGGCGGCCGGCCCCAGCCCGGGCCCAUGCAAGCCGUCGGCGGCACAAAGGGCUCCUCCGUCCUCGACCUGCAGUACCUCCUCCAGCUCAGCUCCGCCGUCGUCUCCGGCUUCGCCGCCUCGCAGCGCGAGGCCCAGGACUGGUCCGCCGUCUUGCCGCUCGACUUUGGCAUCGUGCCUGUUGACGCGAGCGUCAAUUUUCAUGAUUCUAUUAGGCUGGGGACUGAGGGCAGUGGCGUGCCGACGCAGUUUAUUAAUGAUACGAGUAGUUGUCGCUUGUUUUAUACGCCGGCUAUGUAUUUCGAUGUUCGGGAGGUGUGGGGUGCGGUUGCGGAUGCGGUUUGGGGGGGGAGUGGGGGGGGCUUGGAUGCUGGUAGGUGUGUUGGUGGGAGUGAUACGGAUGAGAGGGCGCAGGUUGGGGCGAAUCCGAAUGGUGGUGGUGCUGGGGACGGAGGGGAUGGAGGUGCUGCGGGGGAGAAUGCGGCGGCGGUGGGUGUGGGACCGAGAGGUUGGGUGGUUGCGGUUGGGGUGCUGCUUGCUUCGGGGGUUGGGUUGGUGGGAUAG